UUAGAGAAUGAGAAAAUGCAGAAGCUUUCUAUAUGCGGUACCUGUGGCCUUCUGCCACCGGCCUCCCUGUUGCCACGGGCACCAUGCCGGUGGAAAGGAUGCGCAUGCGCCCAUGGCUAGAGGAACAGAUCAACUCGAACACGAUACCGGGGUUGAAGUGGCUGAACAAGGAAAAGAAGAUCUUCCAGAUCCCCUGGAUGCACGCAGCGAGACACGGCUGGGAUGUGGAGAAGGACGCGCCGCUCUUCAGGAACUGGGCCAUCCACACAGGAAAGCAUCAACCAGGAGUAGACAAACCCGAUCCAAAAACAUGGAAGGCGAAUUUCCGAUGUGCCAUGAACUCCUUGCCUGAUAUUGAAGAAGUCAAGGAUAAAAGUAUAAAGAAAGGAAAUAACGCCUUCAGAGUAUACCGGAUGUUGCCCUUAUCUGAGCGGCCUUCUAAAAAAGGAAAGAAACCAAAGACAGAAAAGGAAGACAGAGUUAAGCACAUCAAGCAAGAACCAGUUGAGUCAUCUUUGGGGCUUAGUAAUGGAGUAAGUGAUCUUUCUCCUGAGUACGCGGUCCUGGCUUCAGCUAUAAAAAAUGAAGUGGAUAGUACGGUGAACAUCAUAGUUGUAGGGCAGUCACAUCUGGACAGCAACAUCGAGGACCAAGAGAUUGUCACCAACCCGCCAGACAUUUGCCAGGUGGUGGAGGUCACCACCGAGAGCGAUGAGCAGCCGGUCAGCAUGAGCGAGCUGUACCCUCUGCAGAUUUCCCCCGUGUCUUCCUACGCAGAAAGCGAAACCACAGACAGUGUGCCCAGCGACGAGGAGAGCGCCGAGGGACGACCGCCCUGGCGGAAGCGGAACAUCGAAGGCAAGCAGUACCUCAGCAACAUGGGCACGCGGAGCACCUACCUGCUGCCCAGCAUGGCCACCUUCGUGACCUCCAACAAGCCCGACCUCCAGGUCACCAUCAAGGAAGAGAACUACCCGAUGCCUUUCAGCAGCUCCUGGCCCCCGUACCCC